UUUCCCUGCUUCUCUCUCUUCACUCUCUUUCCCGUCCUCUUCCCUCUUUCCCUCCCUUCCUCUCUCCAUCCGGCCUCUGUCGGCCUCUGGUAGAGGUCACCAUGUGGGCCAACUACAUUGUCCAGCCAGAGGAGGAUGGCCGUAUGGGGGUGGUAGGAGCUGGGGCCCAUGGGGGCCUGGCCGGCCUGGCAGGGGUGAAGGGAGGGGGGCGUGCUACGAGGCGGACCCCUAGGAUGAGUGACAGCCAGGAGGGGAAGAUCAAGCUGGCGUUCUUUGUGGCCAUUGUGGGUGUGACCCUGACAGUGCUGGGGGUGGGAACAGAGUUCUGGGUGGAGCUGGCCACGCCCAAGACCUGGAGUAACAACCAGACGUGUCAGACAGCCCACUACGGCCUGUGGAAGGGGUGUACCCGCACCCUGUGGGUGGACGACAUCGACCCCGAGAGAGAGAGCUGUGGCCCCGCCGAUCUGCCCGGAGAAUCCAACUGCACAUACUUCAAAUUCUUCACCAAUGGACACAACGCAGUCAUAUUUAAGAAGACAACCCACAAGAACCUGAACAUAGCGGCUGCUAUCCUAGCAAUGAUAGCUCUGUCUAUGAUGGUGAUGGGAGCAAUCUGUAUCACCAUGUCCCUCAGUAAAGGAGUGCCCUUCUUCCUCAAGCCCGCCUCCUUCUGCUUCAUCCUAUCAGGUCUACUGGUCCUGCUGUCUAUACUGGUGUUUCACCAGUCAGUGUUGGCCCUGUUGUCAUCUGACCACUCCAUACCGCUCCACCACGAGCUCUCCUGGUCCGUGACCUGUGUGGGCUUCGCUGGGGCCAUCCUCAUCAUGGGGGGGAUCCUUUUCCUGUUCCUCUCCCUCCCUUAUAGCUCCUGGGAGAAAUGUCUGCCUCAAUGCAACAGCAGCACUACCUAGCACAAUGGAGGCCCAAAAGAGGCCAAAAGCACAUAACUGGUGGAAAAAUGUUUCGUUUUAUAUCAGGAUUGUAAUCAAACUCCAGUCCUCGAGGGAUUUAGUUGCUGGCUUUAGUUGUCAGGUAUAAAUCAGACACUGAUCAGAACAACUACAACCAGUAGACACUGAUGCCACCCAGGAGUUGAGUUGGAGACCCCUGUUUAUAUUGUCAGUUAUAUUGUGAAACUAGACUGAAAGACUGACUAACUUGUAGGUCGACACAGUGUUUACUUAAUGCAAUAACAAUGAUGCUCACUAACUGUGCCUUGAUCUCUACAAGCCUGCCCUAAAGCCUGCGACCUCACCAGAAAACACUAUGUAGACCACAACUUCCCCACCUUUGGCAUCAUGACCAACCUAUAGCUUUUAGACGUUUCUGACAACCUACCAAAGAACAAGCAAUGUUUCUAAGCAGUUCCCGGUCUUUACCAGGGGGGUAAUGCUGGGUUAAACAAAACCAAAGCAGGCUUUGAUGUCUUAACUUGUCCAUUGACUGCUUACAGGGUAAGGAAACCAAUAUGUCAUUUAGUUAUUGAACUAGUUCUUUAAACACAACUUCAACCACACUGUAGUUGUAGAUAAAGACCCAGCAGUGGGGUGCAGCAUCCUGUCUGUACUAUGAACUAUGUACUAACCAUUACUUAUUGAUAGUGUUACUUAGCCAAUUAAAUCACAUGGGGGAGGGGGGGGGGGAGUUGCUAUGGGUAGGUCACUACCGUUGCUAAGGGAGGAGAUACUUUAUUGUUUCCAGGAAGUGGCACAGCCAUCCCUGCUACAUGAAACGCCUUGCAGGUUGUCACUAUUAAUCUAUUAUGAAUGAUUAUGACGCCUUACACUUAAUAACUAGAAAUAAUAUAUUCUCUAUUUAUUAUCUACACAUUGUCCACAUGAAUGAAUGCUGUUUUUAAGUAAGAAUGUGUGAAUGAUUUAAUAUAUGUAUGGAAGUAUUGUAUAGCCUCACUUUACAAGCACAGCUCUGUAUAUAAAAUAUGUGUUUAUAUUUUAUUUAUACCUGCACACUGUAGCUUAGGGAGGUGUUUUUAGUUUUUAGCUUAUUCAAACCCUUUUUUCAUCAUGUUUUAUUUGUCAUAAUAAAACCCACCUUGUCUUUCUCUACCUACAUGUUUGUUUGGGGAAAUGCACAUUGUGCCUAAAUGGUCCUAUGAUCAUAUGCAUGUCUCACUGGGUUUGCUUAUGAAAUAAAUAGACUUGACAU